GCUCUCCCGCUUGCAGCGUCCCAACCUUUACCGUGAUCCCCGAGAGGCCUCGGUCCCCCUCCCCGCUGAUGGCGGCCGACGACGAGGAGGAGCCCAUGGAAGGCGUGCCCAUCGAGCAGUAUCGAGCGUGCCUUGAUGAAGACAGCAACCUGGAGCCAUCCCCCUUGCCGGAACUGGACCCAGAAAUAGGCUUCCCAGCACGGGAGGAAGAAGAGGAGCAGCGAUGGCUAGAUGCCCUGGAGCGGGGGGAGCUGGAUGACAAUGGGGAGCUGAAAAAAGAGGUGGAUGAGUCCCUGCUCACUGCCCGGCAGAAAGCCCUCUUGCACAAGCAACAGAGCCAGCCCUUGCUGGAGCUGCCAAUGGGGUACAAGGCCAAGGAGCUGACAGAGGAGAUGCUGGUAAAGCGAGAAGAACGGGCUCGUAAACGGCGGCUCCAGGCUGCCAAAAAGGCCGAGGAGAACAAGAACCAAACCAUCGAGCGCCUCACCAAGACCAGCAAAACCAAAGUGAAAACGCUGCGUGAGCGCAAGGCCAAAGGCGUGGCAGUCCCUACGGAGAUGCCAGCAUAGUUCCAUCGCCCUUUGGUGGAAGAGGACAAUUGGUGCCUGGCAGUCACCCGAGAGGGCCUCUCUGGUCUGGAAGAGAGGCGUCCGCACUUUUGGCUUGGCCAGCCUGUUCCGAGGUGCCUACGGGCAGGGAGGCAGCGAGAGGAGGUACAGGCGUCCAAACUCUACUGAGGCUGAGCCUUGGAUGACCUUGUGAUUUCUAGGGCAGCAGCGGGUUCAACAACAAGGAUGUAUCUUAUUGUGUGAGGUGGGAGCCCCUUGGGGCAGCUCCCCUUGCAGCAGCAGCUUUGGGAAAGUGCCAGAAGUCUGUGGCUCCAUUCCCCUUGAGCCCUGUAAUAACGGGGAGGAGAGGACAGGACCCUGGUGCUUGUGUGGACUCGGGAGAAGGCAACGGUGGCAGACAUUUUAUCUUGCCUUUUUGGAGGCUGUGCCUUCCCAAGACAGACAGAAGCGGGAGCCACCCUACUCUUCCAUUUGCACAGACUGCUGGAAAAAGUGGCUGAUAGCUUGCGGUUCUGCUUAAGUCGGUCAGCCUGCAGGAAAAUGAUUUGUCAUCUACAUUAAAGAUACCCUGAAACUGGCUUGAGAA